AUGGUACAAGUCAGUUCAAGCAUAGAAUCAGGCAAACUGUUGGCCUGCACCUCGUUUGGUGGCAUCUCUGUAUGUGUUCAGCCACACAGAAGUCUGAACACAUCCAAGGGUGUCAUCAAAAGCCGGGAGCUCUGCGGCUGUACGGAAGAAGAGAUGGUUCAGGAGGUCGAUGGAAUUGUCCACGCUCGUCGUAUCAAAAUCCGGCGGGAUGGCAAGGAAAUCUGGACAAACACGUGGAUCCUUACCUUCAACACACCCACAUCACCAACAAAAUUAGACAUCGCAUACUUACAACUCGAAGUUAGACCAUAUAUACCGAAACCGAUGCGUUGUUUCAACUGUCAGCGCUUCGGACACACACAGCUGCGCUGUCGUGGUGCAGUGUGUCCUCGCUGCGGCAAGGAAGGACACUCUGAGGAGACCUGCUCUGCAGAUCCCUGGUGUCCAAAUUGUCGACGGAGUGUCCGAAGUGGUGUCAGGAGAAAGCCAUCCUAA